GGGUGCAGCAAUCACAUGACAUCCAACGAGACCAUCUUCCAUGACUUAGACACCUCUAUCAAGACAAAGGUCAAGAUGGGCAAUGGCGAUUUGGUGGAGGCAAAGGGGAAAGGUACCAUUGUCAUAGAUACAAAGAAAGGUACGCGCUUUAUUAGAAACGUUCUCCUAGUGCCACGCCUUGCACAAAAUCUACUAAGUGUUGGCCAAAUGAUGGAAAGUGGAUAUGCCUUGCACUUUGAGAAAAAUUCUUGCCGAAUUUAUGACAAGAAUAAUAAUCAAGAAAUUGCUGAAGUAAAAAUGGGAAAUAAUAGAAAUUUUCCUAUUCAAUGGCAAUAUCCACAAAAGGUGAUGGUGGCUCAACUGAGUUAUACGAGUCUAUGGCAUCGAAGAUUUGGGCACUUCAAUCUCAAUGCCUUGAGAUU